CAGACGGGAUGGUUAUUGUGCGUUCUAAAAAUAAUCGCAUCGAAGCGAAAACAUCAGAGAGAGGCAUAGUCGAGAAUACGCGCGGAUAUCGCUUACAUAAAAAGUAUUUAUAAGUUUUCUUCUUGCGCCUUUACCCAAACCAGAUUAGGCGGAAUUAAAACCCGUGCUCCGUAUUGAAAAUUUAAAUCCGCAAAGUGCCGUCGUGACGUCGUCCGAGCGGUUUGAGUGGUGUCGCUUCCGAGUCGACUAAUAUGGUCAGCGAGUUGAGGAGGACGCUUCUAAUAUGAUGUUCACCGGGGGGUCCGUUUCCAAACAAAAGAAAAGCAGGGAAUGGCACCGCUCGGCGGAACGCAGGAUCACGGGGAAGGCCCCCAAGUACGUGGAGAUCGCGGGGUACAGCGGCGCCAACGCGAGGAAGAGCAAGAGUCGCGUCUCGAACCAGGACAUGGUGCACCGGUUGACGGAGGGCUCGACCUACAGCGCGGGUUCCAACUCCAUCGCGCCGCUGAUGCCCAGCAUUUCGACGGAAUCGGAAGACGAUGAUUUCCAGAAGAUUUUCGGCAGGGAGAUUAAUCGCAGAAGGGGCGCCGUCAAACACCAAAGGGUGCACCAAGUGAGGGGCCACAAGUUCCUCGCCAAGUUUUUCCGGCAGCCGACGUUCUGCGCUUUCUGCAAGGAUUUCCUGUGGGGUUUCGGCAAACAGGGAUACCAAUGCCAGAGUUGCCAGACCGCGGUCCACAAGAAGUGCCACGACAAGCUCCUGGGAAAGUGCCCCGGAUCCGGGAUAAAUUCGGAAAUAUCUACGGGAGCGGUUCAAAGUGGAUGUGCCGCACAGGUUCAAAGUGCACACCUUCAUGUCGCCGACGUUCUGUGACCACUGCGGUUCCCUGCUCUACGGGAUUUACAAACAGGGCCUGAAAUGCGCGGACUGCGACGUCAACUGCCACAAGAAGUGCGAAAAGUUGACGGCAAACCUGUGCGGCAUCAAUCAGAAGUUGGUGGUCGAGGCGAUCGAAAAAGUCCGAAAAG